GUCAACGAAAAGAACGACUUUUUUUGUUGAUGAAUUUGUCGAGAAAAUUGCGCAAUUUUGAUUAAAAAAAAACAUAAAAUUUUCUGACUAAAAACGAAAUUUUUUGUCCGAAUUUUAUUCUUAGCCAGUAUAUAUUCAGUUGCAUUUCAAUUGGUAAGCAUGGAAAACGGCGAAAAUUUGCAUGAUGAUAAUGAUCAAUUAGAAGAAAAUACAACCGAAUCGAAGCCAAAUGUAUUGCAUCUCUUGAAAUACAGCUGGGACCGUAUUAAUCGUAUGGAAAGGGUCAAAAGCUUAAGAAAAGUGUUGAAUGAAUCACCAUUGGUGGAUACAGUUGAUCUGGACGGGAUUACUGCGAAGAUGUCCAGUUACACCACGCUCAAUGAGUAUUUGGCCGAUAUCCAAGGCUUCGUUCAUAGUUGCUCGGUUCGAUUUGCGGGAAAUGGCCCGGUGUUGAGAGCGAUAAAAUCAUUUUCGGAAAAUUGCCACCGUGACGUGAAUAGCAUUCGAAAGUGUUCCGAAUGUUUCAAUGCCUGGACCAAGGAUCGUUACAAUUAUUUUACACGAGCUUGCAGCAAGCCGCAUCUCCUUGUCUUUGCCAAGACGCCAGCAAACCCAUUCUGGCCAGCGAAAGUGAUGUUGAUCAAUGGCAAAAUGGUGAAUGUGGAAUUCUUUGGUGAUCACACCCAAGCUGAUAUUCCAGCCGAAGAUUGCUUUUUAUAUUCAGAACGAUUGCCUGGUCGCAACACCAAGAAAGAUGAAUUCAUCACAGCAAAAAAGGAGCUCAACGAGCACAUUGGAAACAUUAAGAAGAAGUUCGGCAAGUUCAAGCCAGCUGGUUACAGAUGUGUGUUGAAUCCAUUCAACUAUAAAGGCCAGUUGCAUGCUAUGAUUCCGGAUGCAUUUGUUGAUGAUACAUCGUUAGAUAAUGGCUAUGAAUAUCGUGCAGAAUGGGCUGAAGUUCACCGCGAUUGCGAUUUCGAUGAUUCCAUUGUAGAAGUGAUUGGAUCAUCGAUGGGAAUGGUUCAUGAAUCACCUGCCAGUGGCGAUGGUCAAUCGUUAUCAGGACAUAGUCGCACAGUGAAAGCAAAGCAUGGUGAAAAACGCCAUGCGAAAGAGGGCCAAGGCACACGAACUCCAGACGAAAAACACCAAGCAAAAGAUGUUCGUGUCAAGGAACUUCGGAGAGAAGAACAUCGUCCAAAAGAACGCGUAACAACAAAAGGCCAAGCAGAAGAAAAUCGGUCGAAUCAAAGCCAAUUGAAUGGGCAUCAAGAAGGUCAAGCAACUGAUUUGGGGCUCCCAAAUGGGAAACAAAGUGCCAUCGGUAGGAAAAGCAAUGUGAACACGAGGGGCCAUGAUGUUCAUCAAGAAUCAACCAGUUCAGCUGAAAGUGAAACUCCAAGACGUGCUCGCAAAACAUUCCCCGGCCCAAUGCCAAAACUAGGCCAAUCGAAAAAAUCAUCACAAAUGCAUCGUGAUACAACGGCUCGAAAAAUCGCUAAAUUGGAAAUUGAACGAGAUCAACUUUUGCUGCAAAACCAUGCAUACGAACAAGAAAUCUUAAAAUUGAACGAGCAACUCCAGAAAAAUGACCACUGCACUGUUUGUGCCUCGUGCGGAAAGGGUUUGGACGAACUGUAUUUCUGCAACAAAGACUGUCAACUGAGUUUUGACUAAUUUGUUUUUCGCAUGUUUUUUUUAUAAAAUCUGAAGUUUUUGAUAGCAUUUUUCUAUCUUCAUCGAAGAACUUCGAUUUUGAUUAACUUUUUUUUAGCAUUUAGCUUGAUUUUUGUUAGCAUUAAGUAUGAUAUUAUCCGUUGAUUAUAACUUACCUUGAAGAAAAUGACUUAUUGAACCAUACCAUAGCUUUUCAGUAGCUCUUUUGUCUUCAAGAUCUUGAGUUUACUACCAAAAAAGUAUUUCCUUACCAGAUAGUCUUGAAAUUGAGAAUUGUUUGAAUAAAGAAGAUUGAGGUGUUUCUAAAGCAUAUUC